UCCCCAGCAGCAGCAGCUCGGUGAUCAUGGCUGCCCCGGACCAGAGACAGCCAUGUUGGAUGAUUUAAACCCCUCAGCUCGGACUUGUUAUUGUUAUUGUUCGGUUAUCGCCGUGUCACCGCCAGCAGCAGCUCCUCUGGAGACCGAGGGGACCGAGGAGACCCGGGGCCGGGAGGACUGAGAGAUGGACUCGAAUAAUCAUUUCAACUAUGGCACCCACUCCUCAACAAACUCAGGACUGAAACUCUCCUCAGGGGAUUCUCUUUACACUAACGGGUCCUCCAUGAGUUUUCCUCAGCAGGGGAAGAAUCUGAAUGGCGAAAUGAAUGUUAAUGGCGUUUCUACUGUACUUGGGUCCAGUGUGCCUGGUUCCCACCCCCCAUCAACUCCCUAUCCACACUUAAGUAACCACCACCAGAGCGGAAUGGGCUACGACUACUUGUGGGGAGGACACCCUCAGUAUGGUCCAGGCAUGGGCACCUCUCCUGGACACGGGAUGCACCAGAAGCAGCCUCCAUCUGGAAUGGGGCAGCCUCAGCCACAGCACCACUUCCAGGGUCAUGGACAGUACCAACUGAACGGGGUCAUUGAAAGUUCCCCCCAACCCGCUGUUGCCGGCCCGACUAACAUCCCUCUAACAGGGAAUCAGUACUGGAACAGGAGUAACCCUGGCUCACAGCAGAUGAGUUACAAUUCCCACAGCAUGUAUGGAACCUUCCCGAGUCAGGCACAUCCUGGGAUUACAUCGACACAGCAUCACCAGCAGCAGUCCUUACAACAGUCCCCACAUCAACCAUCACAGCAGCACCUGCACUCCCAACGUCAACCCCACCACCGUCACCAGCAGCACCAGCAACCACAACAUUAUGGGAUGAUGCCUAAUGGGAUGCCCUACUACCAGCAGCAGUCGCCCCCUCAGCAACCUCCGCCUCAAGGCCAGGCUCAGAUAAUGCCCCAAACAUCCCAGAGUUUUACACCUCCAUGUGGCAGCCCACGACACCACAGUUUAGGCAGAAGGAGCACUGGCAGUCCUCUGCCUGGUGGAAUGUCAUCAACACCAAUUCUGUCACCAUCAGCAGUGCAAGACGGUGGAUCACCCAAGGGCCACAAAGAAAGGAGCCCCCAUGCUACUAGUGUGGGGAUGUCUUCUCCAAUUCAAGGGCAUUCAAGGGAGAUUGUCAAGGAGCCGGACACAAGCUAUAAUGGCAGCGAAAGGAUACCCGUUUCCCAGAGGCCACCCAAGACUGACAGUUGCCAACCCAAAUCUGCUGCUCAUGCGGGCCCUCAAAGUGAUUAUUGUCUCCAUACAGAUCAACCAGGACCUCAGCAUCCAGAAAUGACCUCCCCUGUCAGAGAUCCAGCUGUUAACCCUCAUCCCCAGUGUGUGUCAUCUCCACCCUCUGGAUAUAAUGCAGGAGGAUCUGUGUCUUUAACAAAGACCUCAACACCCCCGCGGGUCUCUACCGCUCCUGCUUUCUCUGGAUCCCCCACAUCUGCGGCUGGAGCCCCAGUCGUUUCAUCCCAUGAUGUAGAAGCCGCUCCUUCACAAAUGUCAUCACCUCCCAAAGUGUUCUUUACUCAGUCUUCAGUUGCUUCCUCCAGACUUUCCUCACCUCCCCUAAUGGUGCAAGGCCUCAGGGCUUCCACCUCUGGUACAGCUGAAGCAGCUCCCACAGGAUCUAAGCAUCUGCUGGAAGGAUCUUCUUCCCCACUGCUCAAGUCACCCUCAAAAAUGUCUACACCCCCUGCUUCAGCUGAGGGCGUGUUUAGACCCGUUGGAUGUUUUGCGAGCCCUCCAGUCUCGUCUUCUUUGGAGUCAGCGAUUAAUCCAUCAAAGGCAACAUUGCUUCCUAAAGCUUCUGAACCUCCUACAACUGUUUCCCCACCUGCCAUAGUCUGCGUCCCUUCUUACUCUGCAUCUAACUCACCUCUUGAGAUGCAGGAGGUUCAUGGGUCCACACCACCUUUGACACCAUGCUUCACAGAUGCAUCUAGGGGUCAGCAUGAAAUACCUGGUUCUACAAAGUCACUCUCUCCUGCUUUAUCUGCAAGUCCAAAUCCCUCAUCUACCCUUGUGGCUCAAUCUCAUACGUCUGCAUCAGGACCUGUAGCUUCAACAUCACCUGGCCCAUGUUUGUCAACGUCACAGACUCCUUCACUUGAUAGUAAACUUUGUGAGUCACCUCCAACAUCCCAGUGUAAAACACACACUCUUCCAGCUGUUGAUAAGUGUGUUCCAGCAGCUGAUGCAACAUCAGCAGCAUCCGUGGUGGUGAACCUCCCCCCACAAACAGCCCAAGACAGCCCUGCAGUCCAGCCUCUUUUUACCCUACCUCUUGUAACCACUCAAGCCUCCAGGACUCCACCCAUGUCCACACCUCCUGCCUCCGUGCCUCCUGUAAUGGGUACGUCUUCUAGAGUGGUCCAAAGCUCAGACACUGACCAGCAUCCUCCGCCUGUGCUACCACGGUCACCUCCCAAGUUGGAACGCCAUGGUCUUAGCGAGGAUAGGAAAGCAGUGGAAAAUGAAAUAAAACCAGAUGAGUGCAUUCCUCGUCUUGAUCCAGGCAGAGUAAUGACAUCACAGGUAGAAGCAACUGAAACUAAGAAAUCAGAAUUGUCACACAAAUCUGUUACUGAUCUUCCAGGAAAACCCUUACUGACCACCGGUGCUCUCGAUCAAACUCUCAAGAAUAAACCGGCAGAUUCUGAGAAGCAGCACAUAAAGAGCGGUAUCAUGUCUGAGACAGAAGACUCCGUGGCAACGUCCUCUCCACCCGGAAAGUCCCUGCAGCUUAACAGCACAAGGGUGCAGCAUCUGACCGAUGGACAAAGUUUUGAUAACACUUCCCAUACUGCCUCUUAUUAUGAUGGCAAUUCAACAUGUGACAACCUCUCGGAUAUCAAUGUCAGCCCUGUCGCGGAAAAGACCUCUCUUUUAUGUGGUGAUAGGUCAUCUUUAGAUGACUCCUCUGACUUCGACCACAGCUUUCCCAUGAGAGAGGACAGUUGUCAGUUUGACAACCCUGAGGAGGAGCAAUCUGCCACUUUUGACAGCACUGGCGAUGGCACAGUUUCAGUGGAAAACUCCAGAGAUGAUACAGUGGACAUGACCGAGGAAGGGGAAGCGUCUGAGGCAGAAGAAACGAGGAGCAGCUGUCAGAUUACUGGAGCAUCCAUGUUGGAGUCUUCUUUAAACAACACUUCUCACAAUGGAGAGCCUCCUGUUGACUCAAGUGAUGUGUCCAACUCACACCUAUUUGUGUCAUCUCAGUCAGUUUCUCAAGGUCCUGAAGCAGAAUGGGAGUCGGGGGGACACGAUACACCAGACUCAGCUGGAAACACUAUGAAGACCCCUGCUAAAAUGGUACUGACACCCCCGAGUUUGAAGAUGAGAGAUGAAAACGUCUUGGCCACCAGUACCCCAGCAGAGAGUCCUGCUGUACAACCACUUCAGCCAGUCACUGAGGAAGCUAUGUCACCUGCCGGAGGUCUUCUGAGCACCCCAGGGAAACCACGCAGACCUCGAACUCCAAAGGCCACAUUGAUUACAACCACGGCUCCAGAAGAGACCAAGCGGAAGCGUCGUGUUCGAACCCCAAAAGUGGAAAAGAUUAAGGCAGCUGAAGAAGUUGCCACUAAAGCGGAAGGGGCAAGGGGCAGAAAAAGAAAGAAAGCUCCCAACAUUAAUGUUAAAGAAACCUCAGAGGUGUCAGGGGAGAUGAAGCCUCUCGCACAGGAGGUUGAUCCGAUAACAGCCGCAAUUGAAGCUGUUCUGGCCAAUGCUUCAGUCAUCAGCCCGGCAGGAGGGAAAACCAAGAAGAUGAAAAGGGCUAGGAAGCAAGACCAAGAAGGAAAUCUAGUGACACAGAAACAAGAUGCCAAACCGGGUGCUGACGACGAUGAUGAUGAUGAUGGCAGCUCCACUGCAGGAGAAGCAAACAGGAGGAGGGUUGCAACAGAGGAGCAAGUGCGUUUCCCCUUAAUGCACGGUUGGAGGAGGGAGAUUCGCGUGAAGAAAAUGGAGAGCCGCAUGAAGGGGGAAACUUGGUAUUACACUCCUUGUGGAAGAAGGAUGAAGCAGUUUCCUGAAAUCAUCAAGUACCUGAAGAGACACGUAGACAGCGUGGUCACCAGAGAACACUUCAGCUUCAGUCCACGCAUGCCUGUUGGAGAUUUCUAUGAAGAAAGAGAAACUUCUGAGGGCAUGAAGUGGGUCCUCUUGGCUAAUGAGGAGGUUCCUUCUAUGAUCAUGGCCAUCACCGGUCGGCGCGGUCGACCUCCAAAUCCUGAUAAAGAGAAACCUCGCAGGAUUCGUGGCCUGAAAGGGGGACAGGCUCGCCGCCCUGGCAGACCUCCUAAAUUCAAGAUGGUUGACCUCCUCAGCAAAGUAGAUGCCAAACUGCUAAAGCGACUUGAGGCCAAGGAAGCUCUCACAGAGGAGGAAAAGGAAAAAAUAGCAAAAAUAAAAAAGAAAAUGAAAAAAAAGGCAAGAAUGAAGAGGAGAGAGGAUGCAAAGAUCAAGAAGAUGAGAGAAGGAAAAAAGAAAGCCAAGCUUGAGCACGAGACCAAACUCCUUGAGGGAAAGAUUGAACCAACAGACUCAACGGCCCCUCAGGUCACUCAUUUGGACUCUGCUGCCGAGCCCAAAAAGCCUGGCCGUAGGAGGUCGGUGAAGGUUGAAGCCACUACACCCGUGCAGACAGAAAGGGUAGUCCAGAGUAAUAGGGUGACAAGUGCUCGGAGUAAAGCCAAGGCCCUGGCUAAAGCCCAGGCGGAGGCAGAGGCAGCAGCUCAAGCUGCUGUAGCGGCUAAGAGGGCGGCGGAGCGGCGAGCACAAGCCCAGAGACGACUGGAGGAGCGGAAGAGGCAGCAGCUGAUAGCAGAUGAGUUGAAGAAGCCCGCCGAGGACAUGUGUCUCACUGACCACAAACCCCUGCCAGAGCUGUCCCGCAUUCCUGGCGUGGUUCUUUCUGGAACAGCUUUCGCACACUGCCUGGCUGUGGUGGAGUUCCUUCACGGUUACGGAAAGCUCAUCGGUCUCAAUGUGCCCAAGGACAUUCCCAGUCUCGCUACCCUUCAGGAAGGUCUUCUGGGUCUGGGGGACAGUCAAGGAGAAGUUCAGGAGCUACUGAUAAAACUGGUGGAGUCAGCACUGCAUGAUCCAGGCCUGCCUUCCUAUUAUCAGUCAGUAAAGAUACUCGGGGAAAAGUUGGUCGAGUUGGAACUGACCCGCAACACAGUCUCAGAAGCUCUUCGCAUCUUUUUGGAAUCCUAUGGUUAUGACACGGAGGUUUGCAACACAUUGAGGACCAAAACGUUUCAUGCCCUGUCUCCAGACACCAAGGCAUCAAUCCUGGGUUUCCUUGUGGAAGAGCUUAAUGGCAGCAACAUUGUGACAAGUGACAUCGACAACACGUUGGAAAACAUGGCAACUUACAGAAAGAACAAGUGGACCAUUGAUGGGAAACUGCGCAAACUAAAAGCUGCACUAGCACGGCGCACAGGCCGCUCUGAGGAGGAGCUGUGUUUUGAGGAGAGGAGGCGCAGCGCCAGAGUAGCUGAAGAAGAGAACCUCAGUCUAGAGGAGACUGGUCUGGUCCUGGAGAGAGGGAGCCGACGAGCACGCAAAGAAGAGCCUAAAGUCAGCGAUAAUGAGAGCCCCAGCAACGCCAGCAUUCCAGAGCUUGAACGGCAGAUAGAUAAGCUAACCAAACGACAAGUUUUUUUCCGUAAAAAGCUGCUCCAGUCCUCUCAUUCCAUGCGGUCCAUAAUGCUGGGUCAGGAUCGUUACCGACGCAGAUAUUUGGCUCUACCUCACCUCGGAGCAGUUCUGGUUGAGGGUCCUGAAGAACUGCUGACUUCAGGAGAUGUCCUUGUAGCUGAGGUGCCCGUCACUUUCCUCAAAAAAGAGCCCAAAGUUGAGGAGCCUCCCAUGCCGACGACUCCACCUCCUGUUCUACCUUCAUCUCCAUCUUCUGUCACUCCCGGCCAGGAAGAGGACCCCCUUCCCGGCACUGCGUCCCUUAUGAGCACGCAAAGAAGUCGCGGACGUCCACGAAAAAUCAAACCUGAAGUUGAGCUUCACCUCCGCACAGCAAAGAUCCGCCGCCGGCGUCGAAGUAGCAUCAGAUCUGAUGGAGGAGAAAGCCUCACAUCACCCAACAAUCCCACUCAAGACCUCACUCAAGCAGCUUUCCAAAACUGGCUCAGCCAGCCCCAUGACACGGUGGUCAAUGGGACGUGUUCGAUGGCGGGGGAAGCUUCAGAGGGCAAUCGGCCUGAGGAAAGUGUCAAAGAUAUGGCAGAGAAACGAGGACAGUGGUUCAAUCUGCUCCCCAAACAACCCUGUGAUGAUAGCUCUUUGACUGAACCCCAAACGCCCACCUCGCCCCGCUCGCCUCCAAAACUUCUCCUUCAGAUCCCAGGUGUUUCGCCAGCAUCCGCUGCUUCUGUCAUGCAGCUGGAUACAUCUUUGCCUGCCCAGCUUCCUGCUGAGCAUGGAGCUCCGGAGGCCCCGCAGGACGGAGCUCCAGCGGCACCGCAGGACGGCAACCCCCCAGACGCUCCUUCCCCUGCACUUGCUGGUUCUCUGCCGACAACUCCUCAGCUUCUUGCAGCUGCCAUUACUCCAAGUCCAGCCGUACCUGCCACCCCUGCCACCCCUGCCAGGCCCGGCCGCAGACGGAGGAGAAGCAGCAGAGGCGGGAGUCCCGCCCGCCGAGGGGCCCGGGGAGCUGCAGCUAAACGCCGCGGCCGCCCACCCAACUCUGUGUUUCAGGAACUGGAGCAGCAGUACUUCACACAGCUGGUGGUCAAGCCCAUACCAGCAUCAAUGGUGCGUGGUUGGUGGUGGAUCAAGGAUCCACAGGAACUGUUUUCCACAUUACAGUCCCUCCAUCCACGGGGCGUCAGGGAGAAGGUGCUGCAUAAGCAUCUGGCGAAGCACAUGGAGUGUCUAACUGAGAUGUGCACCAAAACUAUCAGCGAUCCGAUGUUUGAGCAGAAGGUUGAGCAGAAGGACCGGCUGCUGGAGGCUCUGCAGCAGCCCUGGCAGGUGCAGGAGAAAUCCAUGGAGGCAGACGUCAGCGCUCUGCAGUGGGUGGAGGACCUGGAGCAGCGGGUCAUUGCUUUUGAUCUAAUUAUGAAAGCACCUCCUUUGAAUGUGGUGAAUGAUGCGGAGACGAGCACAGACGCACUAAUGGCUGAGUUUCAGCCCUACACAAUCCCUGAUCCAGACUCCACACGUGACGACCUUCAGUACUAUGAACAUGACGUGGACCCACGGGAUGAUUGGAUUGUGCGAACCAAGAAGGAGUGGUCCGGCUUGCCUCGCAUCGCCACGCACCCGGUGGACCUGGCCGUGCUGCGCUUGGCCAACCUGGAGAGAAACAUUGAGAGACGCUACCUGAAAGAGCCGCUGUGGAACCCAGCUGAGGUGAUGCGACUCGCUCCGCUCACUCCUACACCUGGAGAAGAGCAGCCAAUGGAUGUCUUCAGUCUGGAGAGUGAAAUCACCUCUCGACUACGAACGUGGCGGCAGGCUUUAGAUCGUUGCCGUAGUGCUCCCCAGCUCUGUCUGUGUUUACUUCAGCUGGAGAAAGCCAUUGCAUGGGAGAGAUCCGUUACUAAAGUGACCUGUCAGGUUUGCAGAAAGGGGGACAAUGAUGAGUGCUUGUUGCUAUGUGACAGCUGUGACCGGGGCUGUCACAUGUACUGCCUGAAGCCCAAAAUCACGCAGGUUCCAGAGGGAGACUGGUUUUGUCCAACCUGCCUUGCCAAGGCGGAUGGUGAGUCCCAGCAAUCAUCCAAAAAGCGUGCCAGGGUGAAGAAGAGAAGGUAUGAAGACGACAGCUCUGAGGAUGAGAUAAAAUUGCGACCCACUGUCAUGACAACACGGCCUAAGGAGUCUCCGGCACCUUCAUCAUCCUCCCGUCACUCUGGAGAAGGAAGCAGCGCUAAACGGCGUCGUAUGAUGACACGCAACCAACCAGACCUCACCUUCUGCGAGAUCAUUCUAAUGGAGAUGGAGGCCCAUGCAGAUGCCUGGCCCUUCCUGGAACCAGUCAACCCCCGGCUGGUGCCCGGCUACCGCCGCAUCAUCAAGAACCCCAUGGACUUUCUCACCAUGAGAGAGAGGCUGCUGCAGGGAAUGUACUGCAGCUGUGAGGAGUUUGCAGCUGAUGCUCAGCUGGUCUUCAACAACUGUGAGCUCUUCAAUGAGGACACGUCUGAAGUGGGAAUGGCGGGACACUCGAUGAAGCGUUUCUUUGAGAGCCGCUGGGCGGAAUUCUACUCGGACAAGGACAAAUAGGAGUGGCUACGAUCGCCCUGAUGGUGGGGCUGUAGACUGUUGGUGCUUUUAGCGUCCCAUUCACACUUCCCAUUACUGCUAAGACUUCCUGGUGGUUGUUCCAGCUUUGUGUAUUAUCUAUUAUCUCAUGUAUAGGUAUAUAUGUAUAGAUUUUGGCUCUCUGUCUGUUAUGGUUUCCUCCACAGGCCUAUUUUUUUCUUUUCUUUUUUUUUUUAAGGCCCACAGCUAAAAUGGCUUAAACUUAUGCCCAUUCCCCAAUCAAAGUGAGGACAUGCUAUCUUCACCCUCCACCUUUUGUGUUUUCUUUACCUCGACACCCCAUCUGCUGUCAUGUCACAUCACAAGCUCCAUGUCAUAGCAAGGCCCUUGGUCAAGUCCUGCUCUCGGCUGAAGAUGCAGCCUCAGGCCGUGAGUAUUUUAGUUCUCACACUUUUACUGAAGGUCAGGGACUGAUCACACUGUCGCAGACCGGACCUACUCAUCUCUGCUCAAUGAAAAAAAAAAAAAUGGAUCAAAACUCUUGAUAGACUUAAGGUCCUUUCUCACCUGUUCAUUGGAAAUGUAAUGUAACGUGGUCUUAUGCCUAGAAGUAAUUUUUCGGGUCAUUUUAUUUAUAUAUAUAUAUAUAUAUAUUAUAUAUAUUUAUAUAUAAAUAAUAUUAAAUAUAAACCAUAGCUGGGAUUAUUUAAUAGCAAUAGCUUGUAGUGAAUGUGUACAGAUUACCUUAUAGAGAUGUUUAGACAAUUUAUGAAAAAGGCCAGUCAAACUAAAAGGAAUCUGUGGGACUGUCAGGAAUAGUUGUAUAACCUACACUUAAGUCUGCACGCACACUUUUCAACACGCUAUUUAUACCCACCUUCUACUGCUGUGUUAACAUUGGGUUAUGAAACUGGAGGGAUUUUAGCGUUGGUCAGUCUUAGAUUUAGAUUUCAGUGUCCGAUUUGUGAUGAGCAAAAGCAAAUAUUCUGCUAGUUACACCUGAACUGUCUACAACCAAAAGGAUCCUUCAGUCAUUCUAGCACCUGUAAAUAGUUUGGACACAGACACACAAACACUGAAAGUUCGCUCUUGCACUGUAAUCGCAACUUACAGGUCUAUUUGAAUAUUUGCACAUCUCCAAUACAAUAAAGUCUGCAGCUGCAAGACUGGAGGUGGGCAAGUGUUUAAAAACUUGAGUUUUUAAUUGUAGCUCAUCAGACCAGAUGAAAAACUUCUGAAAGUGGCUACAGCAGGGGGAAAUUCUUCUUUUAAAAGACUAGAAUUGCAAAUGAGCUGAUGAAGUACUGGGCAAGUUUCUGUCUGGUUUUCUGUCUUUACAUUCCUCUUUUAUUAUGUUGUUUUUGUUUUUGGUGCUGUUAAGGGUCCAUGUGUGAUGUUGCACAGCAUGGUUGGUGUGCUAUGAAGGCGCAGGAUGACUCCGCAGUCCGACUUUUAUUUAAACUUUCUUACACUGAACUUACAUCCACUGAUAGGAAACAAACGUUGAUGUUCCUUAGUACACUUAAAGGGACGGUAUGUUCAUAUUUUUCUUUCCAAAAAAAAAACAACAAAAAAACAUGAAAACCAAAUGUGGUGUUAAGUGAAUUUUUAAAAAUGUACAGUUUUGGUGACUUUAAAUUUGUUCCUUUAUAUUUUUAGGACCAAUUCAUUUUUAAGAGGAGGUAUUACAAGACUCUGUUGUAUUAAGGUGAUGUAACACGUGUGCAUCUGUAGAAUGUACUGUGAGCUGAAUAAAAACACAUCUUGUAG